AUGAGCAGGACCAGUGGCCUCCAGCGCAGAACAACCUUCCUCAUCUCCCUCACCCUCGUCAAGCUCGAGUCGGUGACGGGAGAACCGGAGCCGGUUCCGCCUCCCAGUACAGAGACUGGGCUCAAACGGGGCCGGGAGGGAGGCCGAGCCUCAACCCGAGACCGGAAGAUGCUCAAGUUCAUCAGUGGGAUCUUCGCCAAGAGCCCUGCCCCCCCCCCGGCCCCACCGUGGGAGUCUCUGGUCACCAGCCAAGAAUGGACCAUGGGGCGAUCCAGCCCUGAGAUCCGAUUGGGUGUCCUGGGCACCAGCACCAGUGGGAGGUCUGAACUGGUCCAACGUUUCCUCACUGGGUCCUAUGUGGGGCAGGAACCCACUGAGAGUGCCCAGUUCAAGCACGAGGUGACCCUCGAGGGUCGGACCCACAUCAUCCUCAUCCGGGAGGAAGGGGGAGACCCAGACCCAGAGUUCCUGGACUGGGCCGAUGCCUUCAUACUGGUCUUCAGCCUGGAGAGCACUGGAAGCUUCCAGAAGGUUCUGGAGCUCCAUGAGCGGCUCCAUAGGCACCAAUGUGGGUCCCAUAUGGCCCUGGCGCUGGUGGGGACCCAGGACAAGGUCACCCCCUCGAACCCACGUGUGGUGGAGGACGCCCAGGCCCGAGCCCUAUGUGGGGAUAUGGGACAAUGCCUUUACUAUGAGACCUGUGCCACUUAUGGGGUCAAUGUGGAGCGAGUGUUCACCGAAGUGCUACAGACGGUGCUGGCCCUAAGGAAGCAGCAUCUCCAGACCUACAAGUCCCUCCCCAGCUCCCCCUCCCUCUCGGCCGCAUCCACCCCCAUUGGGGGCUCCCACCCCCCCCAGACCAGCAAUGGCCACACCAGUGACUACUCCUCGUUGCCAUCAACCCCCAAUGUGACCCAUCGGGACCUGAGGGGGGAGACCCCCGUGCCCCAUAGCACCCCCGGACCCAUAGCCCAUGGGGGCAAGCGUCGCACCAGCCUCUUUGCUACCCGUCGUGGCAGUGACUCGGACAAGCGGAUCCCGGAUGUCCCCAGUACCACUCGCUCUGUACCGGUUCCCAUUAAGCAGAGCUUCCUGCUCAAGCGCAGCGGAAAUUCCCUAAAUAAGGAAUGGAAGAAGAAAUAUGUCACCUUGAGCAGCAAUGGGCGACUGUUCUACCACCCGAGUGUCAAUGAUUACGUGCACCGGACCCAUGGCAAGGAGAUGGAUCUGCUCCGGACCACGGUUAAGGUCCCAGGGAAGAGACCCCCCAGAGCCAUGUCCUCCUUUGGCCCCGCCCCCAACCCCAAUGGGGUCCUACGGGAUGAGGGGGCUGUGGGUCUGAGCCUGCCCCCCGAUGUGGGGCUGAAGGUGCCGGGUAAGGAUCGGUCCCUUCAACGCUGCUCGUCCGCAUCCAGCCCCAGAGGGGGCGCAGAUGCCCCAUUUGAGGCCAUCCCCAUCCCGGAGCCUCCAUCCCCACUCAUGGACCGGAAGAAGCAGAGGAGGAAGAAGCUGAUGACGUCAUCGAAGACCGAGGCUGGGGCCGAAGGUGAGGCCAGAACCACACGCAAGAUGUGGAAGCUCAAGAGCUUUGGGAGCCUAAGGAACCUCUAUAAGACAGACGAGGAGAGCUCCGAGUUCCUGCUGGUGUCCAGCUCAGGUCAGACUUGGCUCUUUGAUGCCGGAAGCCUCCAGGAACGUGACCAUUGGGUCCAGGCCAUAGAGACCCAGAUCCUGAGCAGCCUCCAGGGCUGCGAGAGCAGCAGGAACAAGGCCCGCAUGGACAGUCAGAGUGAAGCUGUUGCCAUCCAGGCCAUUCGCAAUGCACAUGGGAACUCCCAUUGUGUGGACUGUGGGGCUCCCAACCCAACCUGGGCCAGCCUGAACCUGGGAGCUCUGAUGUGCAUUGAGUGCUCAGGGAUCCACCGGCAGCUUGGGACCCACCUGAGCCGGGUCCGGUCCCUGCACCUGGAUGAUUGGCCCCAGGAGCUGGUUCUGGUGCUCACCAGCAUCGGGAACACCAGAGCCAACAGCAUCUGGGAGAGCAGCACAGGGGGAUGGGACAAGCCUGGGCCUGGGGCCUCCAGGGAUGAACGUGAGUCCUGGAUCCGCGCUAAGUACGAGCAGAAGCUGUUCCUGGCCCCGUUACCGGUUGCUAUGGGGCCGUUACCGGUUCGGCUGUUGCGGGCGGUUCGGGACCAGGACCUGGACCUGGUGCUGCUGUUGUUGGCGCACAGCCGCAAGGAACAGCUCAAUGCCGGUUGUCAUGGUGAUGGUGAUGAGGGUUGUCAUGGUGAUGAUGGUGAUGGGCGACCGGCGCUGCACGUGGCCUGUGAUAUGGGGCUGGUGGUCAUCACACAGCUGCUGUUGUGGCAUGGAGCGGACGUGACCUCCCGUGACCCCCAUGGUCGCACUGCUCUGUUCUAUGCUCGGCGUUCCCGGAGUCGGGAAUGUGCCGAGAUCCUGGUGCAGCAGGGAUGUCCUGAGGGCCCCGACGGCAACGGCACUGGUGAUACUGUCCUGAUGGCACUGAUGGUACCCAUGGCACUGAGCCCUGCGAGCCAGAGCCGGCACUGCCAUAACCACAGCACCAAUGGUACCGAUGGCACCGGUGGCACCAACGGCACCGAUGAGCCCUGUGAGCCAGAGCUGACACUGCCAUAA